UUCCUUAUCUUUUCAGUCAAUUCCAAGUCAUACCACAUACUCAUUUAGUCCCAAGUCAAACCUGGCGGCCAAUAUUUUGCAAAGGUUCUUGCAGAUCUUUAGAACUGCAGUGUGCAAACUCAUAGUUCUGGACAAUUCACAUGUAAAACCACAAUCAAAUACCAAAGAAUGGAAGAAACGUACUUCUGGUACAGUCUGGCACUACUCAUCAUCUUCCCUGUGAUUCUCAAGCUCUCCAUCACUAAAAUCACACAAAAUCACAAUAAGAAUCUUCCUCCAUCCCCACCAUCACUCCCCAUCAUUGGCCACCUCCAUCUUCUUAAACAGCCAGUCCACCGAACUCUCCAAUCCCUUUCUUCAAAAUUCGGCAAAACCAUACUCCUCCGCUGGGGCUCACGCAAAGUCCUCCUAGUGUCUUCGCCUUUGAUAGCCGAAGAAUGCUUGACGAAGCACGACAUCAUCUUCGCUAACCGCCCGCGCUUGCUCGCGGGAAAACACUUCAACUACGACUUCACAACGGUCUCUGUAGCUCCCUAUGGAGACCUCUGGCGCAACCUUCGCCGUAUUAUGACCCUCGAGAUGUUCUCCUCCUCCCGCCUCGUCAUGUUUUCGAGUGUUCGACAGGGAGAAGUUCGGCUUUUACUGAAUCAGAUAAUGAAGAGUGGAAGCGUACCGAUCGACCUCAAGUCCAAGUUUACCGAGCUUUCGUUUAAUGCGAUGACGAUGAUGAUUUUGGGAAAGAGGUAUUAUGGUGAAAAUGUUUUGGAUGUUGAAGAGGCGAAGAAUAUACAGAAGGUCAUGAGGGACGGAGUGGACUUGUCCGGGGCAACAAAUCUUGGAGAUUUUUUACCCUUUUUACAGUGGAUGGACAUAACGGGGAUUGAGAAGAAGAUGGUGAGAAUAAUGGCAAAGUUGGAUAGCUUUUUGCAGGGUUUGGUGGAAGAGCGUCGUGCAUUUUUGUCAUCAGAUUUUGCAUCUAAUGGCGAAGAGGUUGGCAAGUUGACGAUUGAUAAUCUGUUGAAGCUCCAAGAAACGGAUUCCCAGGUUUACACCGACGAAAUAAUCAAGGGAAUUAUUUUGGUGUUGCUAGUAGCAGGGACAGACACUUCAUCAUCAUCUCUUGACUGGGCAAUGGCGUUGUUGCUCAACCAUCCAGAGGAGAUGGAGAAAGUGAGAGCUGAGAUAGACACAAACGUUGGACAAGAGCGUCCGUUGGGAGAGCAAGACCUGCCAAAGCUCAAGUACUUACAAAAUGUGAUCCAUGAGACGCAUCGCUUGUACCCACCUGUCCCGCUUCUAGUGCCUCACGAAGCUUCCGAGGACUGUGUGGUGGGGGGAUAUGAUGUGCCACGUCACACAAUGCUGGUGAUCAACGCUUGGGCCAUUCAUAGGGACCCUGAGAUUUGGGAGGACCCUACAAAGUUUAAGCCGGAGAGGUUUGAAGGAUGGAGUGGCGAGGGCGCUCAAGGGUACAAGUUAAUUCCUUUUGGGAAUGGAAGGCGUGGAUGUCCUGGGGCUGGCUUAGGAAACAGGUUGGUUGGAUUGGCGCUGGGGAGUUUGAUUCAGUCUUUUGAGUGGGGGAGGGUUGGUGAAGGGAAGGUGGACAUGAGUGAAGGUUUGGGCCUUGUCAUGCAAAGGGUCGAGCCAUUGGAGGCUAUUUGUAAACCACGCCCAAUCAUGCUGUCUUCUAUGUGAAAUGAUAUAGGCCUACGCUCUAGGCGUUGGUCACUAUUACGAUCAAUUUUUAAGUGUUUAAUAAUUAAAAAAGGACAUUCAGACUUGAUGAGGCACUCACCUAGCCCGCUUAAGAAUUCUCAUAGAUCCAUUGUUAAAUAUAUAUUAGUAACUUUGAAGUUUUGAAAUUGUAUUAAGUUAUACUUUUUGUUUGUUUGAACAUUUAAUCCUUUGUUAAACAUCGAUGACAUUUCAUAUGUGA